AUGCCGGACGACUUACAGGUCCCGCAGGGGUGCCGCCUAUGCCGACGGCACCUUCCGGCAUACAUCCGGCGAUGUGACAAAUUUCCGAUGGACCCCCAGUUCGUGUUCUGCACCGGAAAAUGUCCCACUCAGCGACGCAUGGUAUUUUGGACGUCCACAGGCAAGGGCUGGGGCGUGCGCUGCUUGGACGCCCUUCCCCCGGGCGCCUUCGUCUGUGAGUACGUCGGCGAGAUUCUGACCGGGGAGGAGAUGGACGAGAGGAACCGGGAGAGGAAAGACGCCCCGCACACGUACCCGGUGGAUUUGAACGCGGACUAUCUGGUGGAAGAACAGAUGACCGACUAUACCGGGCUGUGCCUGGACGAAACUAGGAUGGGGAACGUUGCGCGGUUCAUCAACCACCGUUGCGAGGAUGCAAACAUGCUGUAUGUUCCAGUUGAACUUAGUCGAGGGCCCGGAUCACAAUCACUAUCGGAUCGCGUUCUUUACAGCGCGCCACGUGGCACCAAGAGAGGAAUUGACGUGGGACUAUGCUGCUUGGCGUUGGAAGGACAGCAACUUCAAAGGGUUUGGCUGGAAGGGUUUUCGAGCAAGAUGGCGUUUGAUGACUCCUACAAUGACUCUCUGGAAGUGGACGAGCCAGUCAACGUGGACAUUGAAGUAACCGAGUCACCAGAGGGCAAGCGCCGCUUUGCGGGCGCAGGGGACACCGCCAAGAAUGUGGCAAAGACGCUGGGCCUGGGGUUGCUGAACAGCAUCAACCCGUUCGCCACCAUUCUUGGCUAUGUUGUCAUUGUCAAGGUGGUUGCGGACGAGAUCAAAUGGCACCGAAACAGAGCCUUCAGGGAGAAGCAACAGAAGAAAGGGCUAGAUAAUGUAGUGAAAAGGACACAGAACCAGGUCACAAGGACUGCCAAGUGGACCAGGGAGCUUAAGGGGGAGCACGGGGAGGAACUUGCCCCGGAGGACGACGAGUACAUUGAGGUGGCUGCUCCGGAGUCCCCCCUACCGCAGCAGUAGCUUCUGCAAUCACAAAUCUGUACAAAGAUAAAAAAGCAGCGCCCCAAAUCGGCAUAUGGUUCCGGACGUCAUGAUCUUGCAUUUGCAGGCGCGCUUGUAGUUGCAGGUUGUAAUUGGCCAAGUAAGGCGUUGCACAUAUGUUGCGUUAAGAUGUUGAUUUAGUUUCACGGUAGUGGGGCAUGUGUAUUAGCAUUUUCAAACGAUAAAGGCUGGUUCAUCCAAUCGCUAGAACAAUAGAAGCGAUAAAUGGUUCUGUGAUACCAUCUUAGACAGGUUUAUGUGUUUUCGCUCGUUGUAUAAAGAUGUAGAUAAUCUGUACCACAGACUGGAAGACCGGGUGUCAUUACAAAGACUCUGAAGUUUGCCUUCUCAAUGGCCCGCCUAGUGUGCUUUUAAACUUGGCCGGCGCGUGUUUUCCAAGCAAUUGUACAUCUAGGUGAGAUGAUCCAGGGCCUGGCAACAGACCAACCAUAUG